AUGAAGAAAGAAAUUGCAUUGCAUCCUAACCAAUAUUUUUUUCGACCAUUAAUGUUUUUUAUCCAAAAAUCGCAUGAAAAAAGCCUAAUAAAAAUGAAAAAUGCAUUAGAAAGCCCUGCAUGGUUAUGAAUUCAAGAUUUAGAUUUUUAUAGUAAAUGCAGCUCAAUUGAUAAAAUUUGCAAUCAGCAACUGAUAUUAAAUGAUUAUAGAUAUCUGUGAUGGAAAUAUUGAACCAAAAACGACAGGUGUUUUUUACUCUAA